GACCUUGCCGGUGGCACGCUGGCCCGUUAUGGCUGGCCAGACUUGGCCAUUGUCCCAGAGCACGCCAGUGGCCCUGAAGCCUUGUUGCUCUUCGCCCAGGCUGCGAAGUCAGUAGGGAUGCACACGCGGCAUGACAAAGUCGAGGCUCACCACCGCCUCGAGGAAGGAAGCAUCGCUCAGAUGCUGGAGAAGCUUUACCUCAGGGGGCUGACUUUCCCGGUGGUGUACAUCUUCGGGACCGACCAAGGUGGCGACCAGCAGGGGGCGUCUCGGUUGAUUCGGGAUCUCCUCUCAGACUCGCCCAACAUCCUCGUGCUGUGGACAUGGUGCCUGGCUCAUCAGUGUCACCUCGUGGUGAAGCGGUCACUGAAACGACUGGGUGCGUCGUACUUCAGCUCCCUGGCGAAGCUGACAAACUGUUGGAGGAGUGCUGGGAACCCCGCCAGACUUGCGCGUUCUUGGAAACUGCUGUACCCUGAUCGCGCCAAGGAGGUCACGUCUCGUCUUCCACAGCGGCCGCUCACAGGCCGAUGGGGCAGUGUAUUCGAGAACGAGCGCCACUGGUUGCGCUGCGGCAAGGACGGCCUCAAGGCGACGUACCAGGAUGCCCUCGUCCUGCACCACCACAGGGUCGUUGCGACUGCCAAGAGACGAGCUGGCAAGGGCAAGGGCCCCAAGGGCAAGGGCACUGCCCGCGGCGGCCGCGCAAGCGAAUCCGCUUCAGGCUCCAAGGGUUCAGCUGCGCAAGAGCCUGGGAACCCGGACGAGACGGAGUCGUACCGGGAGCAGCUCGGUCGUUGGCUGAAGGAGGCCAUGGCCGACAUCGAGGACCCGUCCUUCUGGAUGCGGGUCCACAUCUCCCACUACACCAAGGAGCCGAUCAUGCGAAUGUGCCACUGGCUCCAGCAGGAGGCCAAGGCCGAGCGCGAUCGGGUUGCGGCUCGUCUUCCCCCGCCCGCCAGAUCUCCCCUGCAGACGCUCGUGGUCCAGAAGUCAGGUGAGAUCGCAUGCAUGUACGACGGCCUCUUGGAUAGCAGUGCCAUUCGUGAUGCCAUCGUUGGCUACAGCUCCGCCAGCAACCGCUCGCACUGGCGGUCUGAGGCGGUGUUGCUGAUCAUCGAGGGCGCCGCGGACUUCCGCAUGCGAGUCGGACACGAGGUCGAGACGCUGCCGAUGUCCAUGGCGUGGCUCUGCGACGCGCAUCCUGGUGAUAGGUGCGCGAAGCGCGCCCGCGUCGCAGAGGAGCUCCUGCGACUGGGCGUCGACGCCGACAGGAGCACAUUCCAGGCAAAAUUCGUCAAUAUCUUCCGUUCUCAUCUGCAGCAGGUGCACGUCACCCAGGGUCAGAUCGACCCCGCGCUGUUCUUGUUCACCUUGCGCGUGUUCCAGCGCGUGCCGUUAGACACACAAGAGAUCGAGGGGAUGAAUUCGAUCGUGCGGCACUGUCAACAGAUUGCUCCCCACAUCGCCCUUGAGCUUCUAAACUCACGGGUGGUGAACAAAAAGGUCAUUUCGCUCGUCACGUCCACCACCGGGCAGAAGGCCUUCUUGCAGGAGCUCGUGGACUCGUACGACGACGCGAU